GCUUUUAAUUGCUCCCUAAGGUGAGCAAGUCAAACCAUUUACACCAGAAGAAGCUAGAGAAAUUGUGAUGACUCUUCAAAAACCUGUGGUCUUCAGCAACAUGACCUUCGAUUGGCCGGUACUUCAUUGGAAUGUUACACAUCUGGCUAGUCUAUUGGCUGGAAAGAAAAUACUUUUUCGAAUAGGAAGGAAGAGCACAGCUACGGCUCCUCUCUUCGAAACGGAGUGUGCAUAUGCAGAGGCUACACUUGAUGAUUUUCUGGCCUGGAGCAGAAGACAGCAGCCUUGUCCUUCUGGACCAUUCAGUAGUUAUGAUUUGUGUAAAUACUGGAUGUAUGCUGACUAUAAGUAUAUCAAUAGGCUAUUUGAAGACAAGCCAGAACAUUUUCAGGACAUUAGAUGGUCUGAUUUUGGAUUUCCUGGAAGAAAUGGAAAGGAGAGCACUUUGUGGAUUGGCUCCACUGAAGCAAACACACCCUGUCAUUUGGAUUCCUAUGGUUGCAACUUGGUGUUGCAGGUGCAAGGCAGGAAAAGGUGGCAUCUGUACCCACCUGAAGACUCCAGGCUACUUUAUCCUACCAGAAUUCCCUAUGAAGAAUCUAGUAUAUUCAGCAAAGUCAAUGUGAUUAAUCCAAGUCUGAGGCAAUAUCCGCUAUUCAAAAAAGCACGAGCCCACGUGGUUACACUUAAUCCUGGCCAGGUCUUGUUGGUUCCUAGACACUGGUGGCAUUAUGUUGAAUCCAUUGACCCCAUCACCGUUAGCAUUAAUUCUUGGAUUGAACUGGAUGCAGAUCAUGAAGCCCGCAUAGAAGAGGCAAUAACUCGAACAAUGAUAUGUGCAAUCAAAGCUGCAGAAAAUCCCAGUGACACAGAUUCUUGGCUCAACCCCACAGAGGUUGAGAUAACCUCCCAUAAUACCAACCUUGAGUAUUUAAACAAAGCCAUGGCUUCCUAUUUAGAACAUCAGAAGACAAGUGAAAUUAAGCACCAGUUCCCUCAAAUGGACAGUACUGAUGGAAUUCUUCAAGAGUCAUACAAGAGGAGGAAAGUACAGAUCAAUACAGAAUCUGACUGCAUAAAAUCUAAACCCUGUGACUCUAGCAGAACAGUAAUUGAAACAGAAAAGCUGACAACAAUUCCCUUUGGACAGAGUCUUUUUCAGGUUUUACCACAGUCCCAGGAAACUUAUUCAAUUGGAGUAGCUGAAUGUGACAAUAAAGACCUUGUCAGUGAAAGUGAGAGGCAUUUUGGAAAAUUACAUCCUACUGGGAAGACCUCUGGGAUGACAACUGAUUCUGGAACCCUGAUGGAGGAUCUAGAAUGCAUGACACCCUUCCCACAAACUCUCAUUUCUACAAAUGAUUUGCUAGAUUGUGCACUGAACCCACAAGUCGUGGGUUUAAUAGCUCGUCUUUUAUUGGAGAAAGUGAACAUUAUGAAUCCAUUGAAAUAAUAAUAAUGCAAUGACAAAAUGUACUCUGGAAGGUCCUGAAUUUUUGGAGAACUUGAAAAUAAGAAUUGAAAGGCAUUUUAAAAAGUACAAAUGUAGACUUCCAAAUAGUAUAAUGGUUAAACCUGUAAAAGGUAACAUGGAGCAGAUAAUACAGUAUGAGCAUAAUGGUGGUAUAGACAGUAGCAGUAAUCAUAAUAAAUAUUUCAUCUAAAGUUUUAUAGGCUUUCAUAAUACUGCAUCAUCUUAGGAACUUUUGAAUAGAUCUGUCAGGUUAAUGGCAUUAUUGUUCUGACAUUAGACAUGGGCUUCUGAAUCAGAGAGAGAUUAGUUUAUCUAAUCCAAAGGUGAUAUUGAAAAACUAUUUCCAAUCAGAAGCUCAUGUUCUUACAGAAUUAACUCAAAAGGAAUGGGUGGGGGGCAGUUACAUCUACUUUUCAAGGAUUAAGUAUUUUUGCUCCAGCCCUCUAAUUCCUACAUGGCAAAGGGACUCUAGUCUUCCAAAAUCUGUGCUAUCAUAAAUGCAUUUAAUCUUUACCAUAUACAGUAUGUCAUCCAUUAUUUUCCAUCUAGUCCAUGCAGAAGGAUGGGCAAACAUUAGUUACAAAGUAGCACAUGCAAGGCUGUGUCGUUAGAGCAAGGUUCUUGAUUACUGUGAAAUGGUUUUCCAUGGAAGUCAUCCCCCAAACAUACUUGCUUGUUGAUUAAAUUUCCUAUAUACAAAGCUGUCCUUUCUUAAAGAUGGACACCCCAAUCUUUUUCAAUUCAGUGCCAACCAGAUAUGUUGUACUACAAAAUCCAGCAUCCCCUUUUGUAAGAAAAGCUGUAGUAAUAUGAUGUGUGCUACAUCUUCUGUACUCAUAAAAAAAACCUUCAUCAUACCAUUGUGUAAUUUACUGAUUAUUUUCUUUCUGCUGAAACACUUGUUGAUGGACUACAGCUUCACACAAGCUGUAGAAAACUUAACAGAUUUCUAGCUUGUCUUUUAAAACAACAGCUGUUAAUAAUCAUAAAAUAAAAUAAUAUAAUCUUAAAAUAAAAUAAUAAAAUAAUAGUAAUUUAAAACAUGAAAUUAAGGACCAAUACAAUGCAAAGCAAAAAAAGGAAGUAAAAUAUCAACAUAAUCCCUAAAAUCUACCCCUAAACUCAACAAUGCUUUAAUAUGUAUACACAUAUGCAGAAAAUGUAUUAUCCUGUCUAAUAUUUUGCUUCACUACUAAAAUCUGCUUGGCUGGUAUCUUUGCAAAACAACUUCCAAUUAGUAAAUGCACAAAGCACCUAAGAUGUAAACACAAGCUUAGGUUUCCCAUCUAUAUCCUCCAAGACUUCCUCUUUGGGUUACCAAGACUUCCCCUUCAGUGCCUUGAGCACUGAAAAUCUGAAAAUUCUUUCCAAAUCUGUGGAUUAAACCCAUUGAUUUGUGACUAGCUUACAUUGCUGGAGAAGAGAAUUGAAAAUCAAUAGGCAGGAGAGAUCAAGAGAUAUUUUCAUUGCCUGUGCCCACAGCAAAGAUUUGUUCCCAAACUAUAUUGAUUGUCCUAAAAUAUGAAUAUUGAUGCCCACUGAGUUGUUAACGAGCUGUUCUCCUUUGAGUACUAACCAACUGGACAGUGUUUUCAGUAGCAUUACCAAACAGGACUGUUCAAAAAUGGGUGUAAUCCUUUCUUUGCAGUGCUUAAGGCACUGAUCCUGUUAAUUGUUCAGAAAAGUCAUUCAGAGCACCUGAUUACAAUCCAACAUAUAGUUUGACUUCCAAAUCAAUUUUAUCAUGGUUUGACUUUAUUGGAAGACCUGGAAACAUAUCCCAAGAAAGAAUUCCAUUCAUAGAGUUAAAAAAGAUUUUAGUUCAGCUUUAUUCCACUUUUAAAGAAGUGAUGUUUUGCUUGGUGCUAAAUUUGAACUGUUCCCAACUUAAAAUAAACUGACAAUCUUAACAAGCCAGAUUUCACCAAUUGAUCGUGAAGUUGUCUUAUAAGGCUAACCCAGGGGUCAGCAUUUUUUUCACACCAUGGACUAUUAAUGACCUCAGAGGUUUGCUACAAAAGCUAAAUGCCUACUGAGCUCUUAAUUUUUUAAACAUCAAUAAAACCAAAUCUAAAGUGUCAAAUAUAUGAAAUAAAUGGUGACCCUAUUGAACAAGUGCGUUCUUUUGCCUAUGCAGGAGUCUUUUUAUACCAUCACUGGGUCAUGGUUAAAUCGUUUGAAAAGAAACCCAGCAAUUAUCUAGCUACCUUAUAACCACUAUAAUGAAAGUAUUUAGGAUAAAAUUAGUCCCAAUGCUGACCUGCUGUAAGGUUCAGAAUUGUGGGGCUUUAAUAAAGCUAUCCCACUUAAACAAGUUCAAACCCAUUUUUUAAGAUGCAUACUUGGGACUGGCAUGACACAUCUGCCACUGGGGUCAGAGCAGAAACAGGUAUCCAUUCCUUACUUAGUCAUUUAAUAAUUCAAUUUUGUACAUACCGUUCAAUAGACCCAGACAGACUUCCCAAAAUAUGCUUAACAGAUAAGUGUUACCCAACUCCUGAGUCAGCUAACUUUCUAAAGUCAUUUCACAACAUGGAUUUUUCCACCCAGCAUCUACUCUCAAGGGCCUCCCGGGCAUGGGAAAUGUUUAAAAUAAAGAGUCCUAAAUAUUAGUGCUCAAACUGACAUAGAAUUAUUGACUUAAAAAUAGAUCCCUGGGUUGGUUGGCUAAGAAUAAAACUAUUCAGCCUGAAAAAUACCUGGCAUUGAGUCUGACACAUAUUUUAAGAAAGGCCUAUUCUAGAGCAAGAUUUGAAUUGUCCAUGGUCAAAUAUAAAUUAUAAAUUAUUGAAUAUUCAAAGUUGCUGUAGUUUAACUUUUGUUCCUGCUCUAUUGCCAUAUGGCAUUCAGCUUAAUGUGUUUAUUUAAUUUAUUUUCAAGUGAUCUCCCCAUGCCCAAAACCCUGUGGCCUUCCAGAUGUUCUGUACUAUUAUUCUCACCAGCUCCAGCCUGCACAGACUAUGGUGAAGUCUGCUGGGAGCGAUUGUUUACAACAUCUGGAAGGCCACAAGUACUUCAGCCUUACCUAAGAUUAUUUGAUUUUUUUAAUAUAUUCUUUUACAAUAAAUUAGUUUCAUACUUGCAUAAUCACGACCACAAUUAUGGUGAUUUAAGCAAUAUUAAUCCUAAUAUGCCUCACCUUCCAUUUUGAAAAAAUGCUUCUUCCUAGUCGUCCU